ACAUAAGUUGAUGAAUAUUAACAAAACAAACCCUAGAAGAAAAAACUUUCACGGCCGACAUAUCUAUUCUCGAUUCCCGAGUCGCAUUGGCUUCAUCCAGGGGCUAAAGUUCUCCUCCGGCUCUGCUGCUUAGUCCAACUGAUGGCAAGCGCUUGGAACAUGAGCAUUGCAAUGGUUCAUAGGGAUUUAGAGAGGGAAUGGGAGAUCAAUGUUGGACUUGUUUCAUAUUCUGUUUUUUAUUUCAUUAUUAUUGGAGAUUCUUGCUCCAAAAAAUAUUGUGAAGAUCUAGAAAAAAAAUAGAUUUUCUUAUAGUAGCUUGUGGAGCACAUUGGAGCAAAUAAGCAUGUUUGGAGCUUGUGGAGCACUGCUCUCACCAAGGAUUGCUCUCGCUUGGUUUGCUUCAUACAUAUUUUGGGAUGGAAAGCUGUUACACCUCUCUACUUUGUUUUAACAACCUUUGUGAACAAUGAGUGGUCGAUUUUCUCGGUCCAUCUAUGUCGGUAACUUGCCCGGCGACAUUAGGGAGUCUGAGAUUGAAGAUCUCUUUUACAAGUAUGGCCGCAUAGUUGAUAUUGAAUUGAAGGUUCCACCUCGUCCUCCAUGUUAUUGCUUUGUUGAGUUUGAGCAUGCUCGGGAUGCGGAAGACGCCGUCGAUGGCCGUGAUGGCUACAACUUUGACGGCUGUCGCUUGAGGGUUGAGCUUGCCCAUGGUGGUCGAGGGCAGUCUUCAGGUGAUCGUCGUGGUGGAUACCGUGGUGGGGGUGGCUAUGGUGGUGGAGGUGGUGGUGGAUCUGCCCGCUUUGGCGUCUCACGACACUCUGAGUUCCGAGUUAUUGUGCGUGGGCUUCCAUCAUCUGCUUCAUGGCAAGAUUUGAAGGAUCAUAUGCGGAAAGCUGGUGAUGUGUGCUUUGCUGAGGUCACUCGUGACAGUAAUGGAACGUAUGGUCUUGUUGAUUACACCAAUUAUGAUGACAUGAAGUAUGCUAUAAGGAAACUUGAUGAUACAGAGUUCAGAAACCCCUGGGCCAGAGGCUAUAUCAGGGUUAAGAAAUAUGAAAGCUCCCUGUCGAGGAGCCCAAGCAGAAGCAGGAGUCGAAGCCGUAGCCGAGGCCGUGGUCGCAGCCCUAGCCGUAGCAUUAGCAGAAGCAGGAGCCCAAGGAAGGAUCUUAGCAAAUCACCAAGACGUUCCCUUUCAAGAUCGAUAUCAAAAUCUAGAUCCCCAUCUCCCGACAGGAAGAAGAGUCCUCCUAGGGCAAUGUCGAGAUCGAGGUCUAGGUCUCUUUCAAAAUCACCUGCCAAGGUUCGGGAAGGCAGUGAAUGAUUGCUAAAGUUGUCAAGCCAAAGAUGGAACGAGAUAAGACUUGGAGUUUUAUUAUAAAGCUCAAAGUUGUAGUUGGUUUCUCGGUUGAAUACUUUUUUUUUAUUUAUAUGUGCCUACUUUGUGUUUACAACAUGUUAUUUUAGCGGUUCUUUGAAAUAUUUGUGAAACGAUAAUUUCAUCACACUUAACUUUCAUUCUA